AAUUACAUUAAAUCUUCUACUCUUUACAACUUACAAUAUUUCAUUCUUUCCAAAACUUUUUUCUCUGUUCUUUCGUUUUUUAACUCCAAAUUAUCACCAAUGGGGCUCUCCAAAACCUUUUCUGAAUCCGACAUCUCAAUCCACUCCACCUUCGCCUCUCGCUAUGUCCGAGACUCGGCUGCAAAGUACACGAUACCGGAGAACUCAACGCCGAAGGAUGUGGCGUACCAGAUGAUAAACGACGAGCUAAUGCUGGACGGAAAGCCGAGGCUGAACUUGGCGUCGUUCGUGACGACGUGGAUGGAGCCGGAGUGCGAUAAGCUUGUCAUGGACUCUAUGAACAAGAACUACGUCGACAUGGAUGAGUACCCUGUUACCACUGAGCUCCAGAAUCGAUGUGUGAACAUGAUCGCACAUCUUUUCAAUGCGCCACUUGGAGAGUCUGAAGCCGCAGUCGGAGUAGGAACGGUGGGUUCUUCCGAGGCCAUAAUGCUUGCAGGCCUUGCCUUCAAGAGGAAGUGGCAGAACAAGCGUAAGGCUGAGGGUAAACCUUUCGACAAGCCCAACAUCGUCACCGGUGCCAAUGUCCAGGUGUGCUGGGAGAAGUUUGCGAGGUACUUUGAAGUUGAGCUGAAGGAAGUGAAGGUUAGGGAAGGCUACUAUGUAAUGGACCCUGAGAAGGCUGUGGAGAUGGUGGACGAAAACACUAUCUGCGUCGCAGCUAUUUUGGGUUCUACCUACAACGGAGAAUUCGAAGAUGUCAAGCUCUUAAAUGACCUAUUGCUUGAAAAGAACAAGCUAACUGGUUGGGAUACUUCGAUCCAUGUUGACGCGGCGAGUGGCGGGUUCAUUGCUCCUUUCCUGUAUCCAGAACUCGAAUGGGAUUUCCGUCUUCCAUUGGUGAAGAGCAUCAAUGUGAGUGGGCAUAAAUAUGGGCUUGUGUAUGCUGGAGUUGGUUGGAAUAUCUGGAGGAGCAAGGAGGACUUGCCUGAAGAGCUCAUCUUUCACAUAAAUUACCUUGGAGCUGACCAACCUACUUUCACCCUCAAUUUCUCUAAAGGUUCCAGUCAAAUUAUUGCUCAAUAUUAUCAACUCAUCCGAUUGGGUUUUGAGGGUUACCGUAACGUCAUGGAAAACUGUCACAAUAAUGCAAUGGUGCUGAAACAAGGCCUGGAAAAGACAGGGCGUUUCAACAUCCUCUCCAAGGACAUUGGGGUUCCGGUGGUGGCCUUCUGCCUCAAGGACAGGAGCCGCCACGACGAGUUUGAGGUCUCCGAGAUGCUCCGCCGCUUUGGUUGGAUUGUCCCGGCCUAUACCAUGCCUGCCGAUGCCCGCCACGUGAGCCUGCUCCGUGUCGUUAUUAGGGAAGACUUCUCUCGCACCCUUGCCGAGCGCCUCGUCAUCGACAUCACAAAGGUGCUGGAAGAGCUCGACAAACUGCCUACCAAAAACGGUGACUAUGGUCAUGAAGAGACUAAUGGAAAAAAGAACGGAACAACUCAUGUGGUUAAGAAGACUGAAGAUGAGAUAAAGAGGGACAUUGCGACUCAUUGGAAGAACAUUGUCAUGGCUAAGAAAGCAAACAAGAUCAUGCUGACUUGCAGUUAAUAUUCGGGUUUACUUUAUUUUCUUCUCCAUGUUUCAGGACGUCCUAAGUUAUUCCAUGGAGCUCUUUUGAGUCUAAUUAUACCGUUAAUAACCAUUCAGAGAUAAUAGAGCGAAUGUGUUUUCCCAGUUGAGUAAUUAACCACAAAUAAGUUUUUUUUUUAAUUUUUUUAUUUGCUAAUGUGUACGUUUUCUUCUUCUUUCUUCAGC